AUGGCCCUUCCCCAGGGCCAGGCAGAUGGCAGUCUCCCCGCGGGGGACCCCAGCCCCUCUGAGGGCACUCCCGGGCCCAGCCAGGCUCCUGCCAGCCCAGCAGCCACCAGGAGGCGGGCACUCCUCAGGGAGCUGGAGGCCCAGGUGCAGGCGGCCUACGGGCAGGACCACUGGCAGUGGCCCAGCUCCCCCCCAGGGGGCUCCCGCCACAGCCCCGGGCCCGGCCCUGAGGAGCAGGGGGGCCCAGGGCCGGGCAUCCAGGGCUACUCGGUGCUCAACAGCCUGGUGGGGCCCGCCUGCAUCUUCCUGCGGCCCAGCAUCGCCGCCACCCAGCUCGACCGGGAGCUGCGGCCAGAGGAGAUCGAAGAGCUGCAGGUGGCCUUCCAGGAGUUUGACCGAGACCGGGACGGCUACAUCGGCUACCGGGAACUGGGCGCCUGCAUGCGGACGCUGGGCUACAUGCCCACUGAGAUGGAGCUCAUUGAGAUUUCACAGCAAAUCAGUGGUGGAAAGGUGGACUUUGAAGACUUUGUGGAGCUGAUGGGCCCCAAGCUGCUGGCAGAGACAGCAGACAUGAUUGGCGUCCGGGAGCUACGGGACGCCUUUCGGGAGUUUGACACCAACGGGGACGGCUGCAUCAGCUUGGCUGAGCUGCGAGCAGCCCUCAAGGCCCUGCUGGGGGAGCGCCUCAGCCAGCGGGAGGUGGACGAGAUCCUCCAUGACAUUGACCUCAACGGGGAUGGCCUGGUGGACUUUGAAGAGUUUGUGCGAAUGAUGUCUCGCUGAGCCUGCACAGAAGCUGGAGGCAGCAGACAGGACUUGGGACCACAGCCAGGAAGCCCCCUGCCUCCAAAUGACCCUCCCCCUCUCCUUCCUACCCUGCCUGUGUGUAACACCCCGGCCUGCCCUCACCCCCACUGCUUCACCAAGCCCCCAUGCCCAUCCCUGUCUCUCUAACAAUAAAGUAUCUUGGGGCCUGGGGAGAUGGCUUUUACCUCUCACUUUUGUACCCUGGAGGACCCAGUCUUUGGCCCCCAAAAGUUAGGUCCUGGGCUGUAAGACCCCUCGACUGUGAAUUCCAGGUGGACAAGGGCCUUUUCUGGAUC